CUGUGGAUUGGAAAGCAGUUUGAAUUCAAUAAGCAACGAGAGCACUUCUCGAACGGAAUAUAUCAGUUUUCAAAAAGUACCGAAAGAAAUUUAAAAGUACCUACAAAAUGCCGCCGCCACACCACGAAGAUCGCCUGUUCGGAAUCCACUUUGGUCUGAAUUUGGGAGGUGGCGGACACCAUCAUCACCACCACCACCCACCGCCGCCUCCACCGGAGUACCAUCACCACCACCACGGACCACCGCACCACUACGGACCUCCGCCGCACCACCACCAUCACUAUGGACCUCCACCACCGCCGCCCCACUUCGAUCAUCAUCAUCAUCACCACGGCGGCCACUUCGACCACCAUCAUGGACCUCCGCACGGUCAUCAUCAUCAUCAUCACUGCUAGAUCGGUGUUGAAAAAGGAUUCAGAAGCCAAAAUCUUCUAAUGACAAGUGGACAGAAGGAAGAAUUGAGAAAAUAUUUAUAAACGAAUUUAAUUUAUUACAUAACAUGAAAAUAAAGCAUGUACCAAAAAAAAAAAAACUAAAUAGCAAAAAAAAAGAAAUAUA